AUGGCUCCUGUAGACGAAGAAGCAAACAUCUCACGAGCCUCGACUCGGACGAGGGAAGAGGACCGACUCUCAGAUGAGCCACCCCCGACAGGCCUCAGGGCCACCCUCUCCCGCACAAAGACCCGGACCAGCACCAUUCUCGAAAAGGUUUCGCUUCGCGAACGCAUCCAUCACUUCACCUUUGCGUGGUACACCCUCACCAUGUCAACAGGCGGCAUCGCUCUCCUCCUCGGCCAGACCCCCCACCGCUUCCGCGGCCUCGACACCAUAGGCCUAGUCGUGUUCUUCCUCGACAUCGUCCUCAUCUUCCUCAUCACCAUCGUCCUGUGCCUCCGCUUCUCCUUCUUCCGCAAGACGCCGGCAAAGGUAAUCACCCACCCCUCCGAAGCCCUCUUCAUCCCGACCUUCUUCCCCUCCAUUGCCGCCGCCCUCUCCAAUAUCCAGCACUACGGCGUGCCGAAAUGCGGUCCCUGGCUUAUUGACACCCUGAGGGUGUGUUUCUGGGUUUAUCUCAUCGUCACCUUUUUCUUUUCCGUCGGCAUGUACCAUCUCCUCUUCACCGGCCGCAGGCGGUUGUCGCUAAAUGCCAUGACCCCUGCGUGGAUUCUACCAAUCUUCCCCGUCAUGCUGUCCGGUACGCUCGCCGCCUUCAUGGGCUCUUCGCAGCCGCCAGACCAGGCCGCCGCCAUGCUGGGUGCGGGUCUCGCAGCGCAGGGGCUGGGCUUCCUCGUCUCGACCUUCAUGUACGCGACCUACCUCAUGCGGCUGAUGACCGUCGGUCUCCCUAUGCAGCGUCCCGGCAUGUUCAUUGCCGUCGGCCCGCCAAGCUUCACAGCCGCAGCAUUGGUAUCGAUGGGCGCCCAGGUACCCCGUCUCGUGUCCGCGAGCGAUUCCUUCAUCUCCGACUCCCUCCGCUCCGCGGCAUUUCUGGCCGGCAUGGAGAACCCAGGCACGAUAGCCUUGGCCGUCCGCGCCAUGGCCCUCUUCAGUGCCGUCUUCCUCUGGGGCCUGUCGUUCUGGUUCUUCUCCUCGGCCUGUCUGUCCACGCUGUUCGGCAUGCCCGAUCACUCCUUCCAUCUCAGUUGGUGGAGCUUUGUCUUCCCCAAUGUCGGCUUCGCUAUCGCCUCGAUCCGGAUGGGCGAGGCAUUUGGCAGCGAGGGGCUCCUGUGGUUCGCGACAGUGUUGACGGUCAUCUUGGUUGCCGUCUGGCUCUUUGUCGGCUUCUGCUGCGCGCGGGCUGUUAUCAGGAGAAAGCUCGUCUGGCCGGGCCGAGACGAGGAUACUGACUAA